AAGAUGCUUCCAAAGUUAAAAGAACAUGGGCAUAAAGUAUUAAUAUUUUCGCAGUACAAAAUGAUGUUGGAUGUAGCCGAAGAUUUUUUGAUAAAAGAAGGCUGGGAAUACGUCAGGCUUGACGGUGAUACUAGCGGAGACGAGCGUCAGGAAAUGAUUGACGAUUUCCAAGCUCCAGGCUCAGAUAAAUUCGUAUUUCUCUUGACAACGCGGGCUGGAGGUGUUGGAUUAAACUUGACCGCGGCAGAUACCGUCUUUAUAUAUGACCCUGACUACAAUCCUCAUAUGGAUAUGCAAGCACUGAGUCGCGUGUAUAGAAUAGGACAAGAAAAGAAAGUUCUUGUAUUUAGGUUUGUAACCAGAGCGUCAGCAGAAGAACGCAUAGUCCAAAUUGGUAAACGAAAAUUAGUCCUCGAUCAUUUGAUAGUCGAGAAAAUGGAAGAAGAAAAUCUUGGGGCGAAUGAUGUCGAGAGCAUAAUCCGUUUUGGUGCUGAAGCUCUGUUCAAAGAUGAAGCAGACGAAACACCGUUGAAAUACGAUGAUAAAGACAUUGACAAACUGCUUGAUCGCAGUCAUCUGGUAAAGAAGAUUAGUGACCAAGAGGAAUCAAAGAAUCUCAACGGACUUGCAUUUGCUAGGAUAUGGGAUACAGAUAAGAAAGACUAUACCGAAUAUGUAGAUGAUGAACAAGAAGGUCAGAGUGAGGAUAUUUGGGAAAAAUUGUUGGAAGAGAGAUUGGCUCAUGCCACUGUUCAAGAGUCCACUCCGAAGGGACGAGGAAAAAGAAAGAGAACGAAAGUGGUCAAUUAUUAUGAACAAGACGUUGAUCAAUCGCCUUCACUCGGAAGUGAUGCAGACUUGGCUGCUGAACAUCUUCAGUCCAUUGACCUCACCGACACUGACAAAGGGAGCUCUCCCGCACACUCAGGACAUGCUACACCAGAAACGGCUAAUCUUCAAACGUAUAACAAUCAACUAACACAAAUGUACCGAGCUCAAGUAAUGAUGAAUCAACAACAACAGAUUAAUCAAGAAGAGAACACCCAACUUCAAAUACAGCAGUUAGCACAAGCACAAUUGGCAAGAGCGAGGGCUACAGUAGAAGCCCAGGUUGCUAGAGCCCAAGCCCAAGCCCAGAUUCAAGCUGCUCAAACGACGGCUGCUCAAGUUCAGGCUGCACGAUUACAAGCUGCCCAGAUUCAAUAUUAUUAUCCAAAUAAUCAACAAACUGCUGCUUGGAUAGAGUAUCAUCGUCAAUAUACUCAACAUCUUGUUGAAAUUUAUGAAGAGCGUCACCGCCGUGCAGUUAUGCAAAGUCAGCAAAAUGCAUUGCAACAGUCUCCACGUAGGACAAGACAUGAGCAACCAUCCUCGGUUUCUUCCGCUUCUCCAAGUGCGCUACAGUCAUCGCCUUCUAGGGGUGGACAAGAGCAGUCAUCAUUAUCUUCUACUACAUCUCCUCAAAACGCACCCCAGCCGUAUCCAGCUGGUAAUGAACAAGAACAAUCCUCACAGAUUUCACUCGUCCCUUCUCCAUCUGAAAGGGAACAAGAACAAACCUUACCAACUUCUCCCAUUCCUUCUCAAAGUGCCUCCGUAUCUGAGAAGAGACAAGAACAACCCUUAUCAACUUCUCCCAUCCCUUCUCAAAGUGCUUCCCUAUCUAAUAAGAGACAAGAACAAACCUUACCAACUUCUCCCAUCCCUUCUCAAAGUGCCUCCCUAUCUGAGAAGAGACAAGAACAAACCUUACCAACUUCUCCCAUCCCUUCUCAAA